AUGGUGUCCAUAAGGGUUUUUUGCUAUCUCUUAAUAUUUUUCGUUUUACAAGUACAAGCUAAAGUCUCCAAUGCAAACUUUAAUCGCCGAGCUCAAAAAUCGGAAAAUAGUGAAAGUCUUAGAGCAAGCACUAGUAGUACUCAAAUUGCCAACAAGCUUGCUGAAGAUGUAAUUGAAAACCGAAAGACGUUGAAGCAUGUAAACGUGAAGGUAGAGGCAAAUGAGAAGAAUGGUUUCGUGAUAGAGAGUAAAGAAACGGUGAGGAAAAGAAAAAGCAAGAAGAGACUCACCAAAACUGCGAGUUUGACGGCCGAUUAUAGCAACCCUGGUCAUCAUCCUCCUAGGCACAACUAAAAGGACUAUUUAUAUACAUUUUAAUUACA